UCACCGCUAAAAAAAGAAAAGUGCGUUUCAUCUCCAGAAAUGCACACAAUGUAAUUCACAAGUUAGGUUUCUGAAGGUUUCUAGGUUUCAAGAAGAGGUUUCUGUUGCCUCUUCUGUACCCAUAUAUAUUCUAGGGAUCUGUUUAUUCUGUUCUUUCUCCAUGUUUGAUGUACAUGUGUAGUCUAGGGGCACGUACCCGUUCAUCUCAGACUUUUAAUCGUUUUAUCCCUGGCAUGACGACCUUUGAGCCACACCCAGAACAACACAUGGGCCGCAGCCGAGCUAACUCACCCUGGCUAAUUCUAGGCAUCCUCAAAUGUCCCGUCUCCCAUAUGGCUCUGGUCCUGCGGUGGCUGUGGGUGGAGGACUGUCUGUGGGCGGGGUUAAUAGUAGAAUGUUUUAAUGUGCUGGUGUGCAGCUGAGUGGGUGCUAAAUUCUAGCAUGUCAUGUGGUGACAGGUCCAUCUGGGCACGCCUUUUGCUGAAAACAAACAGACCCACCAUGUCGCGAUAGGGGGUCAAGGUUAAACCCAGGGGCCCCAAAAGCAGAGGGAGCGUCUGAUGCCAGCCCCAGAUCAUCUUAGGCUGUCGAAGGACCAGGAAGGGGCUAUAGACUAGUGCUGCUGGACUCACUCUGACUGGGGGCUGACAAGAGUUAGCAGACGUUUUGGUGUGUGAGUAAACAGCCACAAGACCCCAGAGCUGUCCAGAAGGGGGCGACCUAACAGCUAUCUCUCCGGGUCGGUGGGUGGUCUCCUCCAUUCGGAUCGCUCCCCGCUCCGCCAUGAAAGGCUCUCCUGACCUGAUUCCGGCUGCAGAGCUGGACCCCAGAAGAGUGUGCAAAGGCAAAGGGGUGGUGACCCUCCGGGCCACGCUGGUCCACAUCGACGAGGACGACCGGGUGAGCAAGGACCCCAGAGGCCACGCCCCGCCAGGUGGUUGGACCAAGCAGAUUAAUGGGGACAUCGCUGAAGCGGGAUUGGCUGAGGGAGGCAGCCACGUCACAGCUGAUUUACCUUCAGUGAACCACACCCAUUGGCUGGUCCCCUCGGCACACAGGGUGAACGAGAACCAGGCUCCGGUCUCUGCUGGUGUCCAGAACCGUAUCACAGCCCCCCGGGGAUCUGCGUAUCCCUCCACCACCACCACCACCACCACCAUCAGCCCCGACAUUGUCCUGCUGCAGCAGAACAGAGAGCAACAAAAGCAUCUUUCUCCCUCAGAAGGUCUGCCCCUGGAGAGCCACACAUCCCCGGAGCCAGGGAGGGACUUCCCAGCAUCCACCUGUGACCCGGUGUCCUCUGACAUGGACGGCAAACGGAUGAGGCUGUCUCUGCACUCCCCCGUCACCUCGCCGCGCCGCCAGCCCGUCGCACCCGUACGGAACACAGACAAGUCCAAAGACUGGUACAAGAGCAUGUUCAAACAGAUUCACAGGAUACCAGAGACCCCUGAGGAAAACCCGUACCGCCCCACCUACAUUUUCCCAGAAAAUUAUGACAGGCUGGUGGUGAGAUCGAAAGAUGAUGGCCUGUCACCUUUGGGUUAUUUGGAAGAAGUGAAAGGCGUCCCGCGGUCCAAAAGCGACGCCGAGUUCGACUCCCGGGGCCGGCUGAUGCCCGUGCCGACCAGGUCCUCCUCCCUCAAGCCCACGACCAAAAGGAACGAGUGGGAGCCUCCGGACAAGAAGGUCGACACCAGGAAGUACCGCGCGGAGCCAAGAGCAUCUUUGAGUACGAGCCAGGGAAGUCGUCUGUGUUGAAGCUGGAGAGAACGACUCAGGAUGUAAAUCCAGAAGAUGUAGAUAUAGAGAAUGAGCCUUGGUAUAGAUUCUUUUCAGAGAUGGAGUUUGGGAAAGCGGUAAGUGGGCCACGGCCCUGUACUCUGGCAGUACUCCGUACGCACUGCAUGUGUUAACCUCCAUGUCGAAAUAACCCCCAAACCCCACACGCCUGACCCGUCCUGUGUGUCUGCAAGGACUGCUGCACCUCGUACUCGCACCGUCCUCAUUUGUCAUUCGCUGAGCUCUGGUUUGUUGUUGUG